AAACACUCUUUUUGUGCUCAUGAUUCUUUUCACUUGGCCUUUUUAUUGUUUUUAAAAAGUACUUUUAUUCUUCAUUCGUACUUCAAUCUCUAUAUAUACAAAGCAGUGAUAUUUGGAUUAACAACACCAAGAAUUUGCUUGCAUUUUCUGAACCUCUGUCUGCCUUCUAAUCUGAUCUGAUCUUAUCUGAUAUUUGUAUGGCCGCUAACACGAAUUUCCGUGGAGUUUUUAGCUUUGGAAAGAGAUUCGGAACUCACUUCAUAACUCAGUCUCCUCCAACUUGUUCAAUUUCAGCUGCUCCUGCCUUCAGGAGAUCACUGCAUGCUUCGGUGUACGACAAGAACAUUGAUGACCUGCCAGAUUAUGUAGUUCACCCUCACUCCGAAAAGUAUUACUGGUCUCCUAAUCCAAACACUGGUGUUUUCAGACCCCAAUCAGAACAUAAUACCGGCGUUUUCAACGCGUCAUCAACUACAAACGGUGGCGCCGACUCUGUGCUGGAUCAGAAGGCUGUUUUUCGCUCUGUUCAGGAGCUGGACGAGCCCCACCCUAGCAACCUUAGUGUUUAAUAAACACAUAUAUAUCAGAAGUCUUAAGUUUUAGUUUAGUAUUAAAACUCAGCUUUGUAAUAAUAUAAUCAUUUAGUCACGUAUAGUUGGGAAAAAUAUUUAAAGGAUUAUGUUCGAGUAACAAUCUAAUAAACAUCUAAUCUAUGAGUUGCUAUAGUAUACAUGUUCAAUGCAAUGAGAUGAGGUAGUCUAGUUUUAUAAAUAAGACUAUGAAGGGGCAUUCAUGAUAUGCUCACCAUGCUAAAUGAUGAAAUGGGUAUAUAAAUAUAUGUAAUUGUUGAUUGUGUUACCCUAGUAAUCAAUAUUUACUUCUAUUAUAAUGAAACGUGAUACGUCU